CCGUCGCCUCACUUCCGGGAGCGCCGGGGCUGCGGCCGCCGCCUGCUCGCUGCGCUGCCAGCCGGCGAGUCCGGAGCCGCGGAAGCCCGGGGAGCGUGCGGCCAGGCCGGGGCGCCGCGAUCAGCGCGGCGCGAGCCUCUCGGUGCGGCCAUGGGGGCGUCCUCGCGGCUGCUGCGCGCGGUGAUCAUGGGGGCGCCGGGCUCUGGCAAGGGCACCGUGUCGUCUCGCAUCACCAAGCACUUCGAGCUGAAGCACGUCUCCAGCGGGGACCUGCUCCGAGACAACAUGCUACGCGGCACAGAAAUUGGUGUAUUAGCCAAGACUUUCAUUGACCAAGGGAAGCUCAUCCCAGAUGAUGUCAUGACUCGGCUGGCCCUUCAUGAGCUGAAAAAUCUCACCCAGUAUAGCUGGCUAUUGGAUGGUUUUCCAAGGACACUUCCGCAGGCAGAAGCCCUGGAUAAAGUUUAUCAGAUAGACACAGUGAUUAACCUGAACGUACCCUUUGAGGUCAUUAAGCAACGUCUCACUGCUCGCUGGAUUCAUCCAGCCAGUGGUCGAGUCUACAACAUAGAGUUCAACCCUCCCAAAGCUGUGGGCAUUGACGAUCUGACUGGAGAGCCUCUCAUUCAGCGUGAGGAUGACAGACCAGAGACGGUCAUCAAGAGACUGAAGGCUUACGAGGUCCAAACAGAGCCAGUCCUGGAGUAUUACCGGAAAAAAGGAGUGUUGGAAACAUUCUCCGGAACAGAAACCAACAAGAUCUGGCCCUACGUAUAUGCUUUCCUACAAACCAAAGUUCCACAAGCAAACCAGCAAUCAUCAGCUACUCCAUGAGGAAAAGGGCAUAAAACUACUAAGAUAAGCAGAUGCUCCUUGUCCUAAGCUGGCAUGUAUGAAUUUUUUGAAAACUAUAUGGUUUCAUUUCUACUGAUUUUAUUUUGUAAAUUGAAAAUGUGCCAAAUGAGUCAGAUACUACAAAAUUCAUCUUUUGAAAUUGCCUAGUGUGUUCUAUCCAGUUAUCUUGAUGUGUGUGCAAUUCAAAAACAUCUAGAUGUCUAAACUUUUGAAAAAUCUUUUAGAGCAUAAUGAAAAGAGCAAUUGGUAGUAAUCUAACUUGUUCAGAAAAGCACCUGCUUGUAAAGGUUUCUUUGCCAAAAAAAGCUAUCUUUAGCACUGUAGUACAUGGUUUUGUGAGAUUAACUAUUCUAUAAAAUUCCAGGAAAAAAGCAACUGGAUUUACAGUUUCAUUCCAGGAUGCAAAUUCACUGCUGCCUUUACAUAUGCUAUAUUUAUUGUUAGAUACCUUCAGUUUACUCAGAAUUUUCAGUUUGCUAUAAAAAUGUAUUAAUUAGCCAAUAGGAAAAUAUUACUUUCCUCUCUUCUUUUGAAAAUAUAUGUGUACUGAGGAAUAUGAUUUCUUAGAAAUUGACAUUGUCCAAGUUCUUGCAAACACCUAAGUUGAAUUUCCAAAGGAAAAUAUAAUUAAAAUCUUAUGUUUUCAGAUGUUACUCACAUUAAGAAAUGUGUGCUUUAGGAUCUACUUGCCAGUUUCUCUUUUUGAUCAAAAUGUAUGUUCAGCCUUGAUGAGGAACACAGUACAAAAAAUCACAGUGAAUAAAAGAAAACCCACAGUACUAGGCAAAGCAAGCAUACUCUGUCAUUAGGAAAUAGAUCAGGUAAGCCUGGGGAAAACCCCUUGACAUAUAUAACAAUCAUAAUUAGCAAAUAGGUGUAAUAAUUAAAAGGAUUUACAUGACCAUUUAAAAAAAACAGGAAAAUUAUUGAGUUUGCUUAAGUUCUUUAUUCCUAAUCAAAGAAGGUGACACCUCCUGGAACUUAAAUUCUAUCACCUGGCAGGGAAGGAACUCUGCAGAUGUGUAUAAUUUGAGCAGCCAUAUUAAAAUGAAACUGAUCCCAUUCCUUAGUGUGGCAAUGAGGGUGCGUGCUUAUAUACUGGCAGGGAAAGCAGGGCAAUAUGAGAGAGAGAGGAGAAACCUGACCAUAUCUUUAAUGGCAUAAUUUACCCUUACUUGGUGCUAAAUCAAAUAAAACAAAUCCUUGUACAAGCUGUUACUACCUUUGUAAAUCUGACCCAUUUUAUUCCAGGCCAUUACAUACAAAUGCCAGCAAGUGGUUCUUAUGCAUUUUGUGGGGGAAAAACUUACUUUCUUCUUGAUUUUUAAAAAUUCAAUGUUGAUUUUUUAAAAAGGACCAAGGUUUUUAAAAAGGACUGUGGUAAAUAAUUCAUUCUUUCAACAUUUUUAACACCUUAUUUGUAUGUUAAUAUUACAUGCUUUCUAAAAAUGUUGUGAACUACUAAACUUAUGAAUUAUCACUAGGUGAUCAGGCAUACAUCAGUAUUAAAGUAUUACAAUAAAAUUCCAUUUUAGGACUGUGG